UCUGGGUGCGUUUUAUUUAAAUCACCGCGUUAAAGAAAAGCGGCGUCUUUCACCGGAACGCACGCGUUUUCUCUCUGCUUUAUCGUCUCUGGGUGUUUUUUCUUGCCUACGUGAAGGAUGUGAGAAUGGAGCAGGAGAUAAAGGAAUGGGAUCGGAUUCGGACUGAGCUCCAGAGAUAAGAAAAAGCACCGAAGGACGUCCAUUUUGUCAGAGGAGCAAAAAAAGAAGAUGGAAUUACAGCACAAUCUGGAGGAGGGAGAAAGGAUGGAAACUCUAAGAAAUGGGGUGAAUUUUCGGGAUGUCUUGCCGUAAUUGUUGUUGAUUCGGAGAAAAAUGGAAAGAUGAACCAGGCAUGAUGAAGCUGCUGCAUCUUCUUCAUCCACAUCUUCAUCCUCAUCACUCUGUGCUGACGCUCGUGACCUGCGCGCUGACCUGCUUUUAUCUCGGAUUAAAUCCGCACACACCCGGGUUUAUACCGGGACUGUAAUCUCGGCUGUAGGUUUGGGCAUCGUUACAGACUUUAUAAAGUGGAUGUAUCCAGUGUACAUCAUCUAGUGUACAUAACCUAGUGUACAUCACCUAGUGUACAUCAACUAGUGUACAUCACCUAGUGUACAUCAACUAGUCUACAUCAUCUAGUGUACAUCACCUAGUGUACAUCAUCUAGUGUACAUCAACUAGUGUACAUCAUCUAGUGUACAUCAUCUAGUGUGGAUCACCUAGUGUACAUCACCUAGUGUACAUCAUCUAAUGUGGAUCAUCUAGUGUACAUCACCUAGUGUACAUCAUCUAGUGUACAUCACCUAGUGUACAUCAUCUAGUGUACAUCACCUAGUGUACAUCAUUAGUGCACAUCAUCUAGUGUAAGUCAUCUAGUGUACACGGAACUGCAUCUUGGAGCAUCACCUCUACAUUUUCAGAAGAAAAGCUAAAGUUAAAAAAUGACAGGCUCGUGUCUGUUACUGUUCAUUUAAGGAACAUGAUCAAGGGACAUAUUUGGAUUUAUCUGACAGUGAAUGUCUGAAUCUCAGCUAACAGGGAAAUCAGGAUACCAUUUUAUAUUAAAUAAAUAAAUAAAUAUCAAAUAAAUAAAAGUCUGACGUGGCUGUAAAUAAAGGGAUGAACUGAAGCUGUCUGCUUUAGGAGAUGUGAGGGGUCUGAGGUCCAUAAUCGAUGUCACACCGGAGCGCUGAUCUCGCCUCAAACCAGACACAGUUAAUUCUUUAAAGAGCACGAAUCAUCAAGGGAAAAUCCAACGUUCUUAUUUUUCUGUCAAGUUUGUUUUUUGUUAAUCCAUUUUUUCAAGCUUUGCCCAUAAUAGAUCUCACACCUGAGCACAGAUCUGCAUCUCACCUGAAGCUGGACACAUCUUUAAACAGAAGACACUGUUGUGGAAGUGUGUGUGUGCUUUAAAGGGAAAGUCAGACGUGGCUGGAAAUAAAUGGAGACGUUGAGACUUGUUUUAAUGAGCAGCAGAACUUCACUGUAGACUUUCUGACAUUGUUUAUCUUUCAUUUACACAAAAAGCACAGAAGUGAUCAGCUGAGGGUUCAGGGGUCUUUCUCUAUAGCAGCUCUCUGGGUUUCAAACUCACAACCCUCUCAUGAAUAGCACAGAAACUUGACCACUUAUCACUUUUCCAGAAUCCAGUUCAGCUGGAACUCGGUGCUUCCUCGAUCGUCCAAAUUUUAUUGUCCUCAGGGUUUAAAGAAAAAAAAACAGUUGUGGAUUUUUGCACUUUUUCCCCCUCGGACAUUCACUGUGCUGGAAGUGUUUGUAGCGGACGACCUCUGAUGACCCCUAGUUAUACUCUGGAGUGUGUUCCAGAGAGUGUGUAUGCGUUCCCUGGUGCUGCUGGAGAACAGAGUGGAUUAAAACCUUACGAGAUCGUGAGAACUCACGAGGAGGAAGACGAGGAGGAGGGGGAAGGAGAUAUGAGCUCUGAAUGGUGGUGAUGAUGAUGAUGCUGGAUACACAGAAUGCGACGCAGGAGCUGGGGGAGGAGGUGGAGGACGGCGCCGUGUUCUCCAUCUCUGUGCGCAGGGUGCAGGUGCAGCCGUCAGUCAGUAAGGGGCAGCGCUGGCUGGGCGUGGACUCAGACUCGGCACUGAGUCUGUAUGAGACGAGUAAACUGCGCACCAUUAAGGCGGGGACGUUGGAGAGGCUGGUGGAGUACAUGGUCUCCUCCUUCAGAGAGAACGACUCCACUUACGUCACCAUCUUCCUCUGCACAUAUCGUUCGUUCACCACCACCAACCAGGUGCUCGACCUCCUGCUCAACAGGUACGCUAAACUGCAGCACCUGCCGGGGUCAGAAGGUCACAGACUCACACACGACGACCGCACCGAGCUCAGGAACACCAUCUCGUCAAUCCUGGGCGCUUGGCUGGAUCAGUACUCAGAAGACUUCUGGAAGCCUCCAGACUACAGCUGUCUCAGACGCCUCAUCUCCUACCUGCACGGAAACUUCCCCGGAUCAGACCUGGAGCGACGAGCCUGCAACCUGCUCACACAGUUUCACCGCAGACUACAGCAAGAACCUGAGCCUGAGGUGCUGGAUCACGGGCCGUAUUCCUUCUCUCUCCUGGAGGAGAACGGCUAUGAGGACGACCGGCCAGACUUCCUGACCUUUGACCCUACAGUGGUGGCCGAACAGUUCACCCUCAUGGAUGCGGAGCUGUUUAAGAAGGUGGUGCCGUAUCACUGCUUAGGCAGCAUCUGGUCUCAGAGGGAUAAGAAGGGAAAAGAGCAUUUGGCUCCUACCAUCCGGGCCACCGUAGCUCAGUUCAACUGUGUGACCAACUGCGUCAUCUCCACCUGCCUGAGUGACCGCACGCUCAAACACACACACCGCGCCAAAGUGCUCGAGCGCUGGAUCGAGGUGGCCCGGGAGUGUCGCAUCCUGAAGAACUUCUCAUCUCUCAGAGCGAUCCUCUCAGCGCUGCAGUGUAACGCUGUCCACCGGCUCAAGAGAACGUGGGAUGAAGUGUCGCGGGAGAACGUACGCAUCUUCCACGAGCUCUCUGAGAUCUUCUCUGACGAGAACAACCACUCGCUCAGCCGAGAGCUCCUCGUUAAGGAAGGAACAUCCAAAUUUGCAACGUUAGAGAUCAACCCGAAACGAGCACAGAAGAGACAGCAGCAACCCAGAGACCUGAGUGUGAUGCAGGGCACCAUCCCAUACCUGGGCACCUUUCUGACAGAUUUAGUGAUGAUGGACACUGCCAUGAAAGACUAUGUGGAUGGCGGCCUGAUCAACUUUGAAAAGAGGAGGAAGGAGUUUGAGGUGAUUGCUCAGAUUAAACUGCUGCAGUUGGCGUGUAAUAACUAUAACUUCAGAAGGAACGCUCGGUUUAGAGAGUGGUUCAGCAUUGUGGAGAAACUCACAGAGGCUGAGAGCUACAGUUUAUCGUGUGAGAUCGAGCCGUUGUCUGAGUCGGCCUCCAACACGCUGAAGGCAAAGAAGAACACAGGAAUCAUCAAACGCUGGAGCGAUCGUCAGCCGGUGAGUUCGUCUGAAGCGAGCUGCAGCAGCACAGGAAGUUCUCACUCUAAAUCAUUCGAUCAGCUGCGCUACCCGUCAUGUUUGACCAGUGGAGCAGGAGGAGCAGGAGGAGGAGCAGAGAGAGAAGACAGGAGAGAAGACAGGAGAGGAGAGAGAGGAGGAGAGAGGGGAGGAGAGAGAGGAGGAGAGAGAGGAGACGACUCGAUCAGCGUUACCUCUGCCGGCUCCAGCAGCUCAGAUGUGGAGGAGAUCAACAUCAGCUUCAUCUCCGAUUCCCCCGACACACACGAGAAAAAGACGUCAACGCCGUGUGUAAAACAUUCCCACUCUUCAUUAGGGAAGUGCGGCCCCAUUGGAGAUCUAACACCCACGUUCUGGGAGUCCACGUCUCUCUCGUCUCUGGAUGCUGCUUCAGGUUCAGGUUCCAGCAGCGCUUCGUCCUCCUCAGUCUCAUCCACCCCACACACGUCCACCCCGCACUCGUCCUCCCGCUCGCACAAGCGCUCCGUCUCGGGUGUGUCCAGCUACUCGUCCCUCUCUCUGCCGCUCUACAACCAGCAGGUGGACGACUGCUGCAUCAUCAGAGUGAGUCUGGAUGUGGAGAACGGCAACAUGUACAAGAGCAUCCUGGUGACGAGUCAGGAUAAAACCCCAGCAGUGAUCAGGAAGGCGAUGGUCAAACACAACCUGGACCGAGAGAGACCUGAGGAUUACGAACUUGUGCAGAAAAUCAGUGAGGAUAAAGAGCUGAAGAUUCCAGACAACGCCAACGUUUUUUAUGCUAUGAACUCGUCGGCCAACUACGACUUCGUCCUGAAGAAGCGCGGCUUCCCGCGAGUGAGUCGCACCAAACACGUAGCGAGCUCCACGCUGCCCCGCAUGAAGCAGAAAGGCCUGAGGAUCGCUAAAGGCAUCUUCUGAAAACUCAAACUCCCAUAAUCCCACAGGGCUAGUGGAAACAUUGCUGAGGUCAAAGGUCAAGCCCUAAAGACUGGGAUGGGGGAAAGUCACUGCCAGCUCAGGGGAGGCCUCUUAAACGCAACUGUGGUGGUGCGCUUGUGUUUACAGACUCCGCCUUUUAAUCGUGAGGUCACAUCCUGUGCCGUCUGAAAGGGGGUCGCUGCCUGUGUUGCAUCUUAGAGGGUCAUUUCCUGUUUUGCUUCUGAGCUCACUUCCUGUCGAGCGCUGUGUUGCAGCCAGCCUUUACUGCCAGAUUAAGGAUGACUCGGAGCAGCGGACACGUGACCUGGUGUUACUUUUAAACGCGUCCUUCUGCAACAACAAAAACAAAAACGUUUCAGAAGGUUUGUGUGAUGGAAAGUGAGCUGAAUGUUCAUCUCGGUUGGGUGUUUUUUUGUUUCGUUUUUUGGCCAAACUUCACACAGACCACAGAGACGAUGGAACCUGUCGAGUCUUUAUGGACUAUUUGAGCUCUAAAUGAAAAUGAAGAUAUUUUUUGUCUUGUGUCUAUGAGAAUGUGUCUGUUUAUGUUUGUUAAAAGGGCAUUACAGCUAACGCUCCGCUCACACCGACAUACUCCGUCUUCUCUGGACCAUAAGGUGGAUUUCACCCUUUAGCAGAUGCUGUGACUUAAACAACAAUGAAAAAAAAAAUUCCGCCUUGUUUUUAAUAGAGUUUGUAAUUCGGUUAUUUAUACUAGCAUUUUUUCCCCCUUUCAACAAUUAGCAUUGAGAUUGUUUUAAAUAAAUAACCGUUAGCUUGACGGAGCAGCUGAGUAAAAAUUGACCUGCUGUUCUGCUCACGCAGGAGAUCUGAGGAAGCUAACUAGCCGUACUGCGAAUUCAGCAUCAGCAGUUCAUGUUGUAACAUUGAUUUAUUACCGACUUCUGAAUUUUGAAAGGAUUAAACUACAGGUAAAACUAAGAUUAUAAAAACUACACACACUUUAAUCAGAAUGCACCACUAGGGGAAGUUAAAUUACCCCCCGUUGACACUCAAGAGGUCGAUGAAUCCGUUUUGAUUUGUUUUACACUCGAAAAUACGGUGUUGUCCUCGUGUCUUGUUUUUUUUGCGUAUUAUUGCCUUUUGCGUGUUUUGUUCCUUUCCUCUAAUUGGUGCUAACUCCCGCUGAGGUCGGACCUCCUGCAGGUGAUCUCACUAUCGUUUUCGAGCCUCGUGACGCUAAAGGAGCCGGAUAGAUGACGCCAAGCCUGAGGGGGCCAGAAACAUGUCUGUGGUGGAAGAAAUAAAAUCUAAAAAGAAAGGUAGCUCAAAUGUUUUCCAGAAUGAGAGUUAGCUAGCUUAUCUAAAAAUGUGAAAAAUCUUUUUUUCAUGAGAAAUUCUUUGAAACUUUUGUCUGUUUUAUAAAAAAAAAAAGGACUUUUAAAGUAAAAAUUAACAUAUUAACUUAUUAUGAAUAAGUUAACAGAUUAACAUAUCAUGAAUGUAUCAUGUUGCUACGACACGUGUCCUUAUGUCCUUAUGAACCCUGCUAACAUGCUAGCGAGCUACGGAAAGAGAAAAGUCACGAAUGCAAAGUCACCUCACCGUGUCUCACCGUGUCAUCUUGAAACAGGGAAAGAAAUUUUGUUGCUUUGUGAAUUUUUUUUCAAGGAAAUGUGGUGGAAUGAGAACAAAUUCUACUGACGAAGAUUAUGGACAUUAAACACACAAUAAUCUGUUACAGCGAGCAGACGAGAGAGCGUCGCUCCAUACUCACGCCUGGAACUGCAGUGUGAUGUAAUCAACUAGUUGUGACGUCAUGAUGUUCAGAAAUGUUCAGGCUGUAAAACACCAAGCUAACCGGGGGUGGGAGUCGUUGUGUCCCUCGUCGGCUCCGAUUAUGUCAAAACUAUUUAAAGAUUAGACUCAGAUAUAUUCGUGAAUUUAUUUUUUACACAAAUAUAACCAUACACUAACAAAUUGUAUCAUAAACAACACGUUUCUAAUUUGCGUGUUCAAUUUUUUGGCUGUGCUUCAAAUUCCUUUCUUCUGCUUUAAAUGAUGUAACCGUACUAUCAGAUACUGCUACUGAAGUAGCUUUUUGUACUGCCCCAAGUUACAUACUGCCGCUUUAAAAAGUGUGGCAUUAAGUAGUUGUGUUGUAAAAGCAGCCAGGAGUUGUUUUGGUUGUUUCAGUACAAUCACAGUUCGAUAGCAUCCUGUUUUAAAUUGCAUAGUACCGCUUUAAGUAGGUUUACACUAAGUACUACAGCAGUAUCGAACAUUGUUACAAAUUGUGUAUGACCACUUUAAAUAGGUGGCACAGGUACAGCUGCAAAUGAAUUGCUUUACAUAGUUCACUAAUUACUACAGUGCUGAUACAAUAGCAGCUUUUAUUAAAUUAUUUGUCAGCAACCCAGUACAGUUCUAUAGGAUAUUGCUACAAAUAGCAUAUUGCCGCUUUAAAUAGUGUGGCACUGAAUAGUAUAUUAUAUUUAUAUUAUAGGUAUAAUUAUGGCAUUGUCAUGUUUAGUACAGUACUAUGGCUAGUUUUUCCAAAUUACAUACUGCUGCUUUAAACAGUGUGGCAUUUAAUUGACGGUACAGUUACAGUAGCAGCUAGGCUAGCUAUAUCUUGCUGUAGUUCUGCAGGACACUAAUACAAAUUGUAUAUUGUGACUUUAAAUAGUUUAGGACUGAGUAUUACAUCAUUCACACUAUUAUGACAUCAUGAUAAGUACAGAACAAUGUAUCACGAGACACGUGAGCGUUGUCUUUCUGUGUGUUCUGGUAUUUGGGAUGAAUCAGAUGAACGGAUCGCUGCCCAUCCUGGUGUGUAGAAUUAUUUUAUUUAAUACAGGUCAGCUUGGUGUGUUACAGCCCUGAGAGAGAGAGGGGGAGAGAUUGUGUGUGUGUGCUGUGAUGUGUGGUGUUGAAGGACACUGCAUUAGGUCUUAAUCCUCUGGCUGCGCCACUCCCUUUAAAGUCAAGUCGAGGCUUUCGGACUAUACACACACACCUACUGAGAUUUCAGCUAUUGUGUGCCCUUUAGAAAAUGUGUGCGCGUGUGUGUGUGCGUUUGUGUUGUAUGAAUUAUAAGAGGCAAAAAGGGCCAAAGAUCUUACAGAUCAUUUUACAAAAAUAUCAUGAACACUUAAUGACUCAUGAACACUGCCUGUUCACGAGGACACACACACUUCAUAUGGAAAACACACACUUUUCAUAUUGUACACACACAUUUUGCACGCUGGUGCCAUUGUGCUCUUUUACCUUAAAAGAAGAAAAAACUAACAGUAUGAUAACACAUGAUUUUAUGUUCAUUUUGUAAUUUUUGUACAUUAAAUGUUCAUUGUAGCUUUGCUUUUA